AACGACGGAUUACAAGGCAACAUGGACAACCACGUAAUCAUGUUUGUUCUUUGUGUUCUGUGGAUAUUACCAUAUUCAGCUGCGUUCACGGCCGAUUGUUGCCAUGUCACCUGGACGGCAGAGGCGAGGAAUGUCUCAUGUUCAGGAUGUGGUCUACAAGACGUACCCAAGGAUUUGCCAAUUAACACCACUGAGUUGAAUCUACGGAAUAACAGUCUGAGCAUCUUACUUAGGGAAUCGUUCUUCAAUCUUGUUUCUCUAAAAAGCCUCAAUCUUUCCAUGAACAAGUUGUUCCUUAUUUCUCCUGGGGCAUUUGACGACCUUGGGAAUUUAGAGUAUCUCGAUUUAUCGGAUAACAAUCUUAAUCUAUCCUCAUUUGCUACUUCAACUUUUCGUAUUUUGAAUAGUCUGAAAUGUUUGAACAUUCAAAGAAAUACCCUCCACCUGCUGAAAUCAUAUCCCGAAGACGCUUUGUCUUAUUUGUCGCAGCUGGAGUCUCUUACCAUAGAUAUAUUUGAAGGAUUCAACUUCGGAAAUGGAUUUUUAAAAACCAAUCUAAACACUUUGGAAAUCAACUUUAUUGGUAAAGAAUGGGUGUCUUUAAGGAAUUCUUCCUUUCAAGGACUAAGGAAUUCAAAUAUAUCGUAUUUAAAUAUUAAUGCACCGAUCAGAAAGUUAGAGACCGAUUAUUUGUCUCCGUUUAGCAAACUGACGUCAUUCAGCUUGAUUUCACGUCGGACCAUGCCGAUUAAGGGAGUUCUGCGAGCCCUUUACGGAUUGCGGGAAAGAACACUAGAGUCUCUUUCACUGAUUGCUAACGGCAUGCUAUACGACGGAAUGCAACAUCUGGUGAAGGCAGACCUCCUUUAUCUUGGUACUAUAUGUGUUAGGGAACUUGAUUUAACAAAUAAUUCCAUAGGCAGCAUAACCAUGGAGGCGAUUAUAUCUUGGACUAAGAGAACAUGCCUAGAGGUUUUAAAUCUUUCGAAAAAUCAGUUUUAUACCGCUCAGAUGAUAACACUUCUGAAUUUAUUCCCAGUAAUUACGUACGCCGAUUUCUCAUACAUGCGUUAUAUGCGGAUCCGGAAACGUACCAUUCCGUUUACAAAACAAGUGUUGUUCCUUCCUAGACAUCUGUGAUGCCUCUUUUUGUCACAUAAUUCAUUCGACGGAUCAAUGUUUAAUGUAACGAUUUACAGGAAUAAUAAUCUCCAGCUAUUAGAUAUAAGUUACCCUACCGGAACUCUUUCGUGUUCUUAUGGAUUAUUAAAAGGGCUGGUCCACCUGAAGGAAUAUGACAUGUCCGGAAUGGACUGUUCCAACCCAAACCCUGAAAUGUUCACCGAUAUGCCCAACCUGUCGCGAUUGGCAGUGAGCCAAUGUAAUCU